UCCGGGUAGAUCUUCCUUUCACAUCACAUCUUUGAUCAUGCCCGCCACUGGCAUUGCUACCGGACUGAACAAAGGCCACAUCACUGCCCGCCGUGAGCUCAAGGUCACUCCUUCCUACAAGAAGGGUGUCCAAAGCAAGCGCACCAAGUUUGUUCGCGACCUCGUCCGUGAGGUCACUGGCUUCGCUCCUUAUGAACGUCGUAUCAUGGAAUUGAUCAAGAACUCCAAGGACAAGCGUGCCAAGAAGCUCUGCAAGAAGAGACUUGGUACAUUCGUUCGUGCUAAGGCAAAGGUUGAGGAACUCACCAACGUCAUUGCUGAAUCUCGUCGUCAUUAAGCGAGAGUCAACUGAUAUACUGGAUAGAAUUAUCAAUCUUCAAAUAUACGCACGACCUCAAUAAAAAAAUGCACAGCUU